GCAAAACAAAAUUAGUGUAACUUGGAGGUCCAUAUAUAUGUACGUAUACCACGUGGGAGGGUUAACAGCCUAAACUGGAUGAAUGGAUACUGAGCCAAAUACGUCCCUUGGCCCAAUACAUCAACGAUAGAUCAUAUAUAAUUGGGUAUUUUCGUAAUUAUAACGAAACUUGAAUGGCGUUUGAGAAAACAAGUGGUGCCAAAUUUUGAAGGGAAAUUGCAAGACAAAAAGAAACACCUCCUUUUGAUCAAAAAAAAAGAAAAAAGAAACACCUCCUAAUUUUGUAAUUAUGUUUUUUUAUUUAUAUUUUUUUCUUAAAAAGUAUGGCACUUAUACUAUCAACCUCUCGUUUGAUCUGUGACUCUCAUCCCAUUUAGCUUAAAAACUAUUUUAUCUUCGAAUAGUCAGAUCGUUGUUUCAAUUUCAGUUUUCUCUGCCGGAAGGACGGACGGAGAAACAAUAUUAGAUCCUCCGGUCAAAAAUAGUCUCCAACUUCAGGUCUGCGUUAUAUUGUUUACUUUGGAACCCUAGAGAGUCGUGAAGCACAAGUAAGCUGCGAAAAGGAUGGAUAUGUCCUAUUAAUUGUUAGCUGAAAAGCUUGCUUGUGAAAAGGAUUUGAUGAAGAGUACUAGCUAGUUUCAAAUUAUGUUCUAUGUGCAUUGAUUCUAGGAUCAUAUGACGAUUCUCUUUUUUACUUACAUCCCAUGACGUUUCUGUUUACUUGCUUCUUUGUGUUUAUUUUUUUUAUAGAGCUUCUUCUUGCUUUUUUUUUUUUAAUUUCAGUUACAAUGUGUUUGUUACGUCCAUAUAAUUUUGCCACUUCAUAAUUGGAAAAUGUUCGUGUGGUCGAGAGGACUAGAUUCCAGUUUAUUCUCAAUGAAUUGAUUCAAGGAUCAUGUUGUAUUUUUCUUUUUCUAUUUUGGGUUAACUUGCAUGCCAAGUUAAAAGAAUGCUACUACUAUGUUUGUCUGUAUUCUAUCCAAAUAAUAAAUCGAAUUUGUUUCUUUUUUUUUUCUUCUCAGAGUUUCUUUUACCGUUUGAUCCUUCUUUUUCUGUGAUUAAGCUCCUGAGCAUUAUAAAUCAAAAAAUGGAGGAGGCAAAAGAAGAAGUGGAGAAGAAGGUUUCUACACUCUUGAAGUAUAUCCAAAACAAAAACAAGAUCCCAAAGGUUGCUAAGAAGGAGCUUGUUGGGAUCGUCAACGAUCUUCACGAGCAGUGUCAGCUGCUUUACUCUGUAUAUCAUCAUGAUUUGGAGAGUGGUGGAAGAAAAGGAAAACCGGCUGCUGCUGCUUCUUCAUCGAGGUCUAGUUCGGAUUUGGAUUACUUUUCUUCAGAGGAAGUAGAUAUCAGCACCGGUAAUGUUAGUGAAGCACUGAGCUCAGAUUAUGCGGCGAUGCUCAGAAAGAUACAAGAGACAGAGUCAACAAAUGAAGAUCUGAAGAGACAGGUGAGCAGUCUGAAACAGGAAAUGGAACAGGCGGGUAAUCUCAUAGGCAAGAGAAACGAGGACAGAGAGCAUUUGAUGACAAAAGGUGAAGUUGCAUUGUUGCGUAACCAGAAGGAUGAGUUAGCAUCGAAGCUGAAGAAAAAAACCGAUGAAGCUUCGGAGAUACAUAUGAAACUGAAGCGUUUGGAGGGAGAAAAAGAGAAGCGAGCUAAGGCCGAGAUGAAGAUUGUUGAAGAAAAGGAAGCUUUGAGGAACAAAGUUGAGAAACUUGACCAUCUUAGGGAAGAGAAUCACAAGAUGCAUGCAAGAAUAGUGGAGUUUGAUUCACUACAGAAGGAGAGACAGAUGAAAAACAUUGAUGAGAUUGAAGAUAAGAGUAAGAAACAAGAAGACACCAUUCACCGGCUAUCAAUGGAGAUCAAGGACCAAAAGAAACUUGUUAAAGAACAGAAAGACGUUAUUGACAAGUUCUCAGAGGAUCAGAAGCUGAUGAAACGUUGGUCCAUUGGUUCGAAGUUGAAUACCAAUCUUCUCGAGAGGAAAAUGGAGGAACUAUCUGAAGAUUUCCAGAUGAAAAUGGAAGAUCGUAUCCGGAUACUGUACAGGAGGAUCCAUGUAGCCGAACAAAUACACUUGGAGAGCAAGAACGAGUACAUGAACACACAAACACAAGGAAACAGAGGAGAUCUCACUGUCUCUGAAACCCAAUUCAAGAAAAUCAAAGAUAUAGUGGAGAAAGGGCUUGCCGGACCAGAGAUGGUAGUAAAGAAGCUUGAAGAAGGCGAUGAAUUAACGAACAAAGUCACAAGAUUAGCUAAAGAGAUUGAUUCAGCUAGAAAGUGGGUGCAUGAGAAGAACAGCAAGAUGAAGCAUGAGGUGGAAACUCUGGAAGCAAAGCUAGAGUGCAGUGAAGCACAAGAAACUCUGCUAAAGGAGAAGCUAUCGAAACUAGAGGGGAAGCUUGGAGAGGAAGGAACAGGGAAGAUGAGUGUAGAAAAGGCUAUGAGAAGAAUCAAAAAGCUUGAGAUUAAUGUGAAGGAGAGAGAUGUUGAGUUGAUGUGUUUGGGAGAAGAGAAGAGAGAAGCCAUAAGGCAACUCUGUGUCUUGGUUGAUUAUCAACGUUGUCGAUAUGAUGAUCUCAAAACAUCCAUUUGUAAGGUUGCCCUUCAAGCAUAAACUUCUCUUCUUCUUUUGUUCUUUGUUUUUCUGGGUCUUUACAAUUUGUAUAUAUUAUAACUCUAAAAACACUGUAUAUAUGUUGAAAGAUUUGAAUAUUUUUCAUUGAUGUAAAUAAAUAUUUUUGUAAACAAACAUAUUCCUACUUAAUAAAUCUUUUCAUUUGUU